GGUGGGGCGUAAGGCGCUAGCGGAGAUGGCGGCGGCUGCAGCUAGUCGCGGGGUUGGGGCCAAAUUGGCCCUGCGUGAGAUUCGCAUCCAUUUAUGUCAGCGCUCGCCUAGCAGCCAGGGCGUCAGGGACUUCAUCGAGAAACGCUAUGUGGAAUUGAAGAAGGGCAACUCCGACCUCCCCAUUCUAAUCCGGGAAUGCUCCGAUGUACAGCCCAAACUGUGGGCACGCUACGCCUUUGGCCAAGAAAAGCAAGUCUCUCUGAACAACUUCAGUGCUGAUCAGGUAAACAAAGCCCUGCAGGAUGUGCUAAGUGGCAAAGCCUGAAGCCUCCAGGAGGAUUAAGAGCACCAGCCCCACAGGCUCUCUGCUGGACUGAGUACGAUGUGGAAAAAUGUAUUUAUUUUCCUGUUCUUUAUAAAGCUUAUGCUCUAAGAGGA